GUUUUUUAACAUUUAAAUUAAAUAGUUGUAAAUCAAACGUUGAAGCUUACAGUUGUUGAAAAUGAUAAAAAUACUGAUUUUAAGUUUUUGUCUAAUAAGCGCCAGAAAUGUCUUGGCCUCCACUGAGCUGGCCCAGCCAGCAGACAACACUGGGUCAGUUUCCAAUAUGAUGGAACAUUUAUCCGAACACACUUCUAGUGUCACCAAUGAACUGGUAUCCCAAUUGGCGGCUAAAAUUAAACGCACCACCAAAACUUUGGUGGGCAAUAUUGAGGUGGUUAUAACCUCAGCCCUUAACCAACUAGCCCAACCCAUCGAGGACUUUCAAAAUAAUAUAAAAUCCUCACAAUGCCAACCUUUGAUCACUUUGGAGGAAUUGCAGCAGCGUGUUAACUCAGAUCUUUCAAAGUGUACGCAAAAUCUUAAGGACAUCGUAAACACUUUCCAAACCGAUGCAAAUGAGUUUAAUGUUGUGCUAGAGGAGAAUGUUAAGGAAAUUAUUGAAUUGCCCCAACAAUGCGAAGAUGUACAAAAUGACACCGGUUUCGGCAGCAACGUUAGUUGUUAUGUGGAUAAGAUUGCCAAGAUUAAUCAGCAGAUAGCUUUAGUUUUGAAUAGUGCCAGCAUGACUUUAGUUCAUACACGCCAGUUGGGUGAACAGGCAGUGCAAGAGGGACGAGGUUGUGCUGAUAAUGUGGUCGCAACUACUGUGGAGUACAUUGAUAAAAUGUUGGCAUCAUGCCAGUUAAUUGAACAGUGAUUUGAUUUUACAAUUCCUUUAACUAUUUUUGUAUUUCAAGUGUUAAUAAAAGUUACGCUAAAUUGUGUGACAUUGAA